UGAACUCGCUGCUGUUUUCUUUUUUUUUUUUUUUUGAAAGUGGGUCCGCUGGUGGUGAAACGUUGGGGGGAAAAAAAUCCAGCCCACGUAUUUAUUGCAGCCGCUGAAAAAAAUCUCCUCAAUAUCCCCCAAGAUGGCCGCCGAUGUAGGAUCGAUGUUUGAAUAUUGGAAGAAAUUUGAUCUACGGCGGCUCCAGAGGGAGCUAAACUCUGUAGCAUCUGAGCUGGCGGGUCGACAAGAGGAGAGUGAACAUUCCCACAAGCACCUGGUAGAGCUGAGCAGGGAGUUCAAGAGAAAUGUCCCUGAGGAAGUCCGGGAAAUGGUGGCACCUGUUCUCAAGAGUUUCCAAGCUCAGGUGGUUGCUCUGAACAAGCGCAGUAAGGAGGCAGAGUCUGCAUUCCUUGGCAUCUACAAACAGCUUAUCGAGGCCCCAGAUCCAGCUCCCGUGCUGGAGGCCUCACACACCCUGGAGGAAAGGCUACAGCAGCUUCAGAGUUCGGCCCCAGACGGCGAGGCCCUGGUACGAGAGAUCAGCGGGUACUGGAAGAAACACUUGGAGUGCCUUGAAAAGACAGGGCUCACAGAGGACAGUCCUGGUGAAGCCGCCCACUCCAGCUCUCCAUCCUCUCUGAUGACUCCCAACAGCACACCCGCUCCUGGGGCCCCAGGUUCCCCACAGCCCAACUAUCAGGACCAAGCUGAGGACCGAGGGGAGGAAGAGGAGGAGAGCGCUGACGUUAGUUUGGCUGACAGACUAUCAGAGGCCGAGGAGAAGAUCAAGGGCCUGCAUUCAUCUUUGAACACUGCACAGACAGAGCUGCUGGACCUGCGGUGUAAAUAUGACCAAGAGAUGACGAAGAAGGCAGUGGAGGUCGACGCCAUCAUGGCAAAUCUUGAGAAAGCAAACCAGAGAGCGGAAAUGGCUCAGAGGGAAGUGGAGAGGCUAAAGGAGCAGUUAGCCAGCAGCCAGAGUGCCAGCACGGGGACCUGCCAUCCAACAGAGGGUCCAAGCAGGGAGAAGAAUGCGAAGGGCGAGGUGUUACCAUCACAGUUGGAGGCCGCCUUGCUGGCUAAAGACCGCGAAAUCCUCCGGCUCCUUGAGAACAUUCAGCGGCUGCAGUUCACACUGCAGGAAGUUCAGGAGACGUCGGCCAAUCAGAUCCUGGAGCUGGAGCGCCAGUUGGCAUACAAGACAGAAGCUAUUGAGAGAUUAGAAGCUAAACUGCAAUCCCAGAUUGAUUAUGAAGAGAUUAAAACUGAACUCAGUAUCCUAAGGGUAAUGAAGCUGGCCUCAGCUAAUGGCAGCUCAUCUCAGGAGUCUGCCAAGGCUGCAGAGGCUCUUUUACUGGAUAAAGAGGCGUUUCUUCCAUCUCACAAGUACCUGAUGGAGAAGGCUCGAAUUUUGCACAGCAAUGAUGAUGACCAGUCUGAUGAUGCAGUCAGGGAGACAGGCAGACCACCCGGCUCCCACUCGUCCUCCUCUCAGGUGGAUGGCCGUGGCUCCACCAGCCCAGGCCUCCCCACCCUGGAUGGUUCCUCCUCCAGCCAUGACCUCCUGCGUCCGUUCUCCGUGUCGCCGUGCUCCUUGGACCGACACUCGGGGGACCACGUCCUCCACAAGCAGCUCCUUUCCCCACACUUUAAAAAGGAGGGCCUCAUGGCGUUUCCCACGGCCCUCUACGCAGCCAAAGCUGCCCUCAUGUCAGCGACCCAAGCGUCUGCGGCAGCAGGCAGCGGCGACGCUGGUUUGCCCAGCGACCAGUCGGAAAGCGGUAGCUCAACGGCAGGAGACGAUGACCAGCUGGACACGGCCGAGAUUGCCUUCCAGGUGAAGGAGCAGCUGCUCAAGCAUAACAUUGGCCAGCGUGUGUUUGGCCACUAUGUGCUGGGCCUCUCUCAGGGCUCGGUCAGUGAGAUCCUAGCGAGACCCAAACCCUGGAGGAAGCUGACGGUGAAAGGCAAAGAACCUUUUAUUAAGAUGAAGCAGUUCCUCUCUGAUGAACAGAACAUCCUGGCACUUAGGACCAUCCAGGUCCGCCAGAGAGGGAGCAUCACUCCGCGCAUCCGAACUCCUGAAACUGGGUCAGACGAAGCCAUAAGGAAUAUCCUGGAGCAGGCCAAGAAGGAGAUCCAGUCCCAGAGGGGAGGUGAUUGCAAGUCAUCUCUGAACAGCUCAUCAGGCAGAAGCAGUAAUGGAGCAGGCAGCAGCUCAGAUGAAACCAUAAAGAGCAUUCUAGAACAGGCCAGGAGGGAGAUGGAGGCCCAGCAGCAGGCCCUGAUGGAGAUGGAGGCCUGUGGGAGAGCUUCCACUGCCAGUUCAGGAGCACAAAUGGAACAUCUAGGACCCCCGGAGCGCUCCAGGAGCCUGUCUUUACCAGUCUCCAUCAAACAGGAGGAAGGGGGCUGUGUUACCGUGUGUAUGGCUAACACCAUCAGCAGCCCGCAAACACCUCUCAGUGUGCUCUCCCCGGCCGCUUUUGUCCAGAACAUCAUUCGCAAAGUCAAGUCGGAGAUCGGAGAAGCGGGCACCUACUUUGAUCAGCACUGGUCACAGGAGCGGAGCUCGCUGGGCCUCAGUAUCGGAGGCAGCUCUCGACCCUUCAAUUCAGUCUCUCCUUCCUUGUCUUCCUCCUCCUCUGGGCCCUCUGCGUUGCCCCGGCCAUGGCCCCGUCUGGAGAACGGAGAGUGUCUCCCCAACAGUGAGGAGGCCUCUGCCGCCGAGGACGAGCUGGUGCUCAGCAGGCCGGUGGAGGUAAAGGUGGAGUCGGACACAUCGGUAAGCGGCGAGUCUCCAGGACCCGGCACAGGACGCCUGUCCUACUACCCGGCGUACAUCCCUCGUGCCCUCAAGCCCACCGUCCCGCCACUGACUCCAGAGCAGUAUGAGAUGUACAUGUAUCGAGAGGUGGACACCAUUGAGCUGACCCGGCAGGUGAAGGAGAAGCUGGCGAAGAACGGCAUCUGUCAGAGGAUCUUUGGUGAAAAGGUGCUGGGUCUUUCUCAGGGCAGCGUGAGUGACAUGCUGUCACGGCCUAAACCCUGGAGCAAGCUGACCCAGAAGGGCAGGGAGCCCUUCAUCCGUAUGCAGCUGUGGUUACUGGACCAGCUCGGCCAGAGCCUUAACCAACCCCCACACCAGGGCCAUGCUCAGGAUAAAAGCCCAGUGACGGCCCACUCCUCACCCUCCCCACCCUCUAGUCCAGCAGAGAGCCACCCGAGUCCACUGGUCGAGCCUGUCUGUCUCUCUCUGGAGAGCAGCAAAGAGAACCAGCAGCCUGAGAGCCUCGGGCUGGGCCUCCCCCCACACACAGACGGAGGCAAAUCUACUCCCAGCCUCAUAGCUUUGCAUCAGCCCACAAACCCUCUUGGCAUCCAGGAGCUGGUGGCCAUGUCUCCUGAGCUGGACACCUUUGCCAUCACAAAAAAGGUCAAGGAGGUGCUAACGGACAACAACCUAGGCCAGCGUCUGUUCGGGGAAACCGUCCUGGGUCUGACGCAAGGUUCGGUGUCGGACCUGCUCUCCCGGCCCAAACCCUGGCACAAACUCAGCCUGAAAGGCAGGGAACCGUUUGUCCGCAUGCAGCUGUGGCUCAAUGACCCUCACAAUGUUGACAAGCUGAGGGCCAUGAAGAAGAUGGAGAAGAAAGAUAUCACUGUCUUCCCUCCAGCCUAUCUGAAAAGGCGCUACGGGCUGCUGAGCACCGGCUCAGACAGCGACUCCCCCAGCACUCGCUCCGAGUGUGUGAGUCCGUCCCUGGUCUCGUUGGACCUGUGCCCGUUCAGCCAGGUGAAGAAGCCCCGCGUGGUGCUGGGAGCAGAGGAGAAGGAAGCGCUGAGGCGGGCCUACCUGCUGGAGCCGUACCCGUCUCAGAACACCAUCGAGAUGCUGGCCUCUCGACUCAACCUCAAAACCAACACCGUCAUCAACUGGUUCCACAACUACAGGUCCAGGAUGCGACGGGAGGUGCUGAUGGAGGGUCUGCCGGACAAUGACACCGACCCUGAGCACCACAGUUACUCCCCCUCAGUGACGCGGAGCCCCCACUCUGACGGAGAGGAGAGGAGGCUGCAGAAGACCUCAGGACACAUCCACUCCAGCCUUCCUCUCAGCGCCAACACUGCUCUGCCUCAUGUCAAACAGGAGGCGAUGGACAGGGAAGAAGAGGGGGGGCAGGGAAAGGAGGGCUCAGUGAAAGAGUCGAGGGUUCAGUGUUUUUCUAUGGCAGUUCAAUUCCCGCAGCUUAAAAGCGAGCAAGAGGACUCCAUCGCCGCCUGUCGUGAGCCCCACUUGGCCGGCCAGGGCCUGAGGCACGAAGAUGGUAUGAGCAGCCAAGCUCAAGGGUUCUACUCUGGCUCGGUCUCCAUGGACGGACCACAAAGAGCCAGUCAGUCCAGGCACGAGGGGGAAGACGCUGGAAAGUCCCCCGUCGACCCAGUCAGCUUCAAGGCCUCGUCAGAGCCAUGCCGCAGUAGCCUGGAAGUGUCCCUGAACUCCCCCUCCGCUGCAUCCUCACCCGGCCUCAUGAUGUCAGUCUCCCCUGUCCCUUCCUCCUCUGCCCCCAUAUCGCCCUCACUGCCCAACCCGCCCUCAACGAGCACCAACCACAGCCUGGACCCCAACCAGAGCCCUCCCUUCCAAAGCCCCAAACUCAAUAGAAGCAGCCAGAGACGCAAUGAGAAAAUGGCCAACCUCAAUAACAUCAUCCACAGGCUAGAGAGGGCAGCCAAUAGAGAAGAAACACUGGAAUGGGAGUUUUAAGCCCCGCCUUUCCUUGUAUUUAGUCCUGAUGACCCUCGCGGCACACUGGAGAGUCUAGAAUCUUCCUGAAGACUCUGAACGGAGCGUGGCUCCUGAAGGUCUGUCCUCAUGACUCACCACUCGAUAGGAAACAGGAACAAGUAGCUAAACAUGCGGCUCAACUCCCUGCAAGAACUAAAAAGUCGGGAGGGGGGAAAAAAAAAAAGAAUUUAUAAAUGUGUAUUUGUUUUUGAUAAUGCAUACUCCUUUGAAAUAUAUGUGACAGCAUUAGCUGUUGUUUUACCUUUUGGACUCGACAUGAAGACUUUUGCAGCUAUGGUGUCAUCAAAUGUACACUGAAGUUCUGUAGAUUGCCACUGGGUGAGAUUAAAAAAAGACCCCUGUCUUAAGCCAUUAAAAGCACUAGAACUAUUUGAAAAGAGACAUUGACCAAAUUUGCUACUUUUUGAAUAGCAAUUUUUCAGAUUUUGUCUGUAAGACUGGACAGUUUAAGUCAAGUAACAUGAAAUCCUAUUACUGACUGAGGGAUAGUCCUUUAAGACUCUAAAUAUUCAACAUCCUGUAUGUAUUGGUUUCUCGGUGAUAUGUUUUGAAAUAUUUGUAACUCACACGUAUAAAAUGUGGUUGUACAUGUUGUAGAAUUGUCUGCAAUAGCCUUCUCUAAACCUGAUGUAGCAUGGUACUCACCUGACCCUGUUAUCCUCUGUAGUUAGUCACCUGUGAUUAUACUUGAGCGAAAACAAGAAGAAAAAAAAAGUUGAAAACCCUGCGAAAAAUAAGAAAAAAGUAAACGUUCAAAUCUGAUAAGUAGAGUACUUUUAGUGUUUUCUUUUCUUUUCCUUGUUUUGAAUAAUCCUGGAGGUUUACAGUUUAAGGCCCUUGUGCUUCUGGCGGCACCGUUUACACGCUUUCUUUCAGACUUUACCUCUCUGACCCUCUUAAGGCACUGGUUCUCAGACUGUAACACCUGUUUUACCUCAGAUUAUGUUGACACACAUCCAGCUGUGACCAUGUGUUUCAUUCUUACACACAGAUAUGACCCACGCAUAUUUGAAUCAGUGGAGGAGAAAGUACUCUUCCGCGAUCACGAGAUAAAAAGCUACACCAGUCUUGUUUUUUUUUUGUUUGUUUGUUUUUUACAAAGAAUAUGCUGCUGUUUGAAGAGAUGGAGCGCUCAUGAUUCCUGCGUGUUAUGCUCCUCCUCAACCUGACUGAGUGCACUUUCUCAAAGUGCAUCUUUUACUGUAGCUACAACAACGUGUACUUGACCAAACAAUUCAACCUCUAAGUACAGUUAAAACUGUAGUGCGUAACUUUUAAAUACAAACAAAGUGUUCAAACCGUCGUCAGAUCACGUCACACAUCAGCUCUACAGGGUCUGGGUCUGGUCUGGUACAGCUCUGGCACACUUCAGGAACCUGCACCAGGAUUUUAACCAGCGAGCUUAACACUGUAAAGUCAGUCGUUCACUUGUGGAAACCAAAGACUACCUGGUUUUUCCCUUGUGAACCAUCAUGUUAUCACUUAUCAGAACGUGAGUGGGUCUUAGGGAGACUCUCACUCAUCUUUACUUCCUGCAUUGAUGACGUUUGGUGGAGCUUUGGUUCACUAUCUCUGUUUCUCAGUAUAGCGUAUGACGGAAAAUUCAAAGACCAUGACAAUGUUUCAGAGUUGAAUUGUACUGCUCAGAAAACAUGGUCGCAGUUUGACAGUAUUGUGGCUUCUUGUCCCCGCCCGUCCCUGCUCUGCUGGAGUAUACACACAAACGCUCCCUCAGUCAGGUCUGAUAGUUUUGCUUGAAAUUCCGUUGUGUUCAUGAAAACCAAACGGAGGUAGAAUAAUAACAUCAACAACAACAACAACAGAAGUUACGCACUGCAGCUUUAAGAUGGGCAGUCUGAGAGUGAUACUCCAGUGCUGAGAUGAGACCUCAUCUGGGGCUCCAAGCUCAGCAUGUGAGAGCAUGAUACACACAGUGUGACCUCUCAUCCACAUGAAAACAUUCAGUCUGUAAGUACACUGAAGGUUACAGGUAUCCCCUCAUAUUUAUCUUUAACCACUUGUGUAUUGUGUCCGUAGAAGUUUCUUUGUCAUGCUUGCAAAAAUGUUCUUUCUGUAUUUUGCCUCUAUUUUAUACUCAGAACAGUUAACUAGAUAUUCAAUACCUCGUGUAUGAACUACUUACAGCACUUAGAUUUUGAUAAUUGUGAGGAGAAAUUUCAAAUAUCAACAUUAUCCUAACUUAGUGUCCACACGUUUUUUGCCUUUACUGUAUCGUUGAAGUUGGUAGUAAACACUUGCACAUGUCUACAUAGUUCAAAGGACUUGGAUUGUAUUAUGUAGAGCUAUAUAUUACACAUUUACAAAAAAAAAAAAAAGAAUAAUAUCUUACAUUCUUGGAACAAAAUGUGCUGAUUUUAUUGAAAUAGAGUGUACAGAUUUAAUAAAUCAAACCCAUUUAAGCCAGUUCUGGUCUGGCAAGCUUGCCCACGUUUUAGACCUUCUCUCAGGGUAGUCUUGCUUUUUAAAGCUUUACUGAAACAGUUGCUGUCAUCAGUGAUUCCGACUAUGAUAUAAAAACAUGUGGUGUAGAGAAAGGCUUCAUUAUAUAUUAGACGGGCCUGUGGGAGCUGUAAGUACAGUAUAUGAGAAUUGGAACUUUGGGGAUAAAAAAAGCAGUGGUGUGUUGCUGUUUUGUAAUUCAUUACACACGAUGUGUCCAAGUGCAGCGCAGACUGAAGCUACCAGGACGAGGCUGAUGGGUUGCAUUUUUCCACAUCAGUGACUUUGCCACCAACGUUUUUUUUUUCCUCUGAUUUUUUCGUACCACCUUUUUUGUGCAUAAUAUACUAUAUGAUUAGAAGUUUAUGAGGCAUUUCUUUCACUGAAAUGUCGUUGUCUUUCAUGGUAACAUAUGUUGAAAAAAAGAAAAAGAAAAAAGAUUGAAAAUGUAUUUACCCAAACCAUUAUCUCUACAUGUAAAAGCUCACCUCAUUGUUUUUGCAUGCAAAUCCAUUCUGGUCACAGGACAAGGGAAGGGAUAGACUGUGGUUUUGUGUUGUUGUUCUUGCACAGGGAUUGAAUCAGCACUUAGUCUUUUUUCGUCUUUUUUUUUUUUAUUACAUUAGUGAAGUCCAUGCAUGAUGCAGCUGAUUAAUGUGGCUCUCACAAAGCCAUGAUGAAUCCAUUCAGAACCCCCAAAUGACCCGGUUAACUUUACUUGCAGCAGAUUUCAAUUCAAAAUUAAUUUUGUGCCAUAUCAUUAUGCCUCAGGCAGAAAUGCCUUGUGGUAACAUGUGAUUUAGGAGUGGUGUAGUGUGUAGGGCUUCAUCUCACCCACUUUGGAGAAAAAGCAAAGCUUUUUUUUUUGUAACAAUAGCCCUACACGUUAGAUGGCUUUUAUUUUAUAACUGACAUUUGUCACUAAAUAGAAAGGUAAAUGGUCAACACAAUUGUAAUGACUGCAUUCAGAAUUGAGAGUUUGUCACACUAAGAAAAUGUUUUCUUGGGAUGUGAGUGGUGAGUGAAUAAACAGGAAGUGUCCUGCAGGUUUGGUAACUGUUCAACAUGCCUCACAUGUCACACUAUGAAAUGUUAAAGAAUGGACUAAAUUAUGCCAAGCGUCUUGGAAUUGAAUUUGCGUAUGUAAGCCAUCAUUCAAUACAUAAUUGUUUAAGA